AGGUAGUGGAUUGUUCAUGCGCUUGACUAUAUAUAGAGUGCUCCUCUCUGCAUGGUGUCCAUAAGUCCCUCAUACUCCACAUAUACAUUUGUACUACUACCGCCACUUAAACUUUCAUUUGUGUUGAACUAGCUUCAUCAUGAGCAAGCCUGUGAAGAUUGGUCUAUGGGGUGGAGUCGGAGGCCAGCCUCGUGACGUCAGACACGCUCCCCACCGACUAGCCCGGGUGGAAAUUUCUGGUGCAGACGCAAUCCACUCCAUCAAGUUUACAUAUGAGGAUCAUGCCGGGGAUCAGCAUGUAGAGGGUGUAUGGGGAGCUCCUAGUGGGAACAAGCACACGUUGGACCUUGAAGACACGGAAUAUGUGACUGAAAUUUCAGGAACCUAUGGUAGAUGGGGUAGUGUGUCGUCAAUAGUGAUGUCUCUCAAAUUUGUUACAAACAAUGGACAGACUAUAGAAUGUGGUAUUGCUGGUUCCGGGGGUUCCUUUCAUGUCCCAGUGACUCAUGGCGGCCAGAUCACCGGUUUCUUUGGACGUGUUGGGGAUCUAAUUGAUGCCAUUGGAAUCUAUGUUCUUCCAUGAUCCAUCAUCAUCCAUCGAGUUACUUCCGCUAUAAGGAGUAGCCCAUGAGGCCUACGUGCUACUACUAUUAUUGUGUGUUGGUGAAAUAAAUCAGGGACACCUUUGUUAGCUGGCAGAAUUAUUAUAUAUGCCUGCCAUGCCAUGAUAUGCCAUGUCUUGAAUCCCUCCCAAGUAAGGGAAUGUACGAGUAUGUCAUUUGUGUGAAAAUCUAUGUCGCUUGUAAUAUCUAGUGCUAAUAAGCACGACUUAUGAAUAAGUAACCACAUCCCCUUUA